UAACCCUACCCCUACUUUAUUCCUAAAAUCAGAGGGAAAUGAUAGCUAAUUAACAAGAGUGUAGAACCACAGAAUCCUGAUUGUAAGCCUAAAACUGUCAUUUCCUAAAAAGUUAUUCCUUAAUUCUGAUUGGUUGAUUGGAAUGAUGUUCCAGGAUCAACAUGGAUGUUGAUCCAGGAACAUGUUGUACUUGGUGAAAUCACGCUCACCGGUUCUCUGCAGCCUUCUAAGAUUGAUUGUGCAUGCAAACUUUUUUGGUUAUUAUUUGUAAGGGCACCUGUGAUCAUCUACAGGCCACUGCAUUUGUAUAGUAUACUAUAUACUACAUAUAGGAUAAUAUAUAUUAUUCUAUAUUUUAUUAAUUAAUAAAAAAUUUUUUUUUUUUUUUGUAUAGUAUGCAAUAUAUUUUAUAUCUUUUUUUUAAUUAUUAUUGUUAUGAAUUAUGUAUGUAUGUAUGUAUCAAGAAUGCAUGUAUGUAUUUAUGUAUUAUUUCUCUCUGUUUCUGCAGAUUCAUAUGCCCCCUUCCUCUCGCUGUCCAGUAGAGAGUCUGGGUUCCUGGGGUCAGGCAGUGCUCUCCUCUCUCCUGGACCGGGACAGUACAACAGUGACAUUACCAGGGUACUUUCAACUUUUUUAUAGCAUCACCUCGCAAACAACUGAUAUCAGUCAUUACUGCAAACUUAUAACUAGAAUCUUGCAGAAUCAUAUUUUGGGAGGACAGAGUCUCCAGAAUCGCUCCAAGCGCUUUGGUGACGUGGUGUCAGAUGUGCCGGGACCGGGAGCAUAUGAUGUUACAAAUGAUGUUUCACCUGCAGAGAGAAGACAGACCGGUCCAGAGAAGAGCCCAAAGGCCGUCUCUAAAGCGGCGAGGUUGCUGCUGAAUCCUGAUGCCCCGUCCAUCCCGUCUCCUGGACAGGCGUUCGGAUAUGAAGAGGAUGCUCAAGGUGUCCUGCACCAGCACAAACCCCCCAGCAGAGACCAGACCCUUGGCCCGGCCUUCUACAGUCCCAUACCGGUCAGACAGAUUACGAGCAGUAAGGGUCUGCCGUCCUCUCAGAAGUAUAAAGGUGUGCAUUUCGGGAAGAUGUCGGGCCGGAGAGAGCAGGUAACGGGUGAAGACGGACCUGGACCAGGUCAUUAUGAUCUACAAGAGGAUCACACUGUCCUCUAUGAGAAUGUGAAUCUCAGACGAGAUCAGAGAGGCCGUGCGGAGCUGGUCAUCCCUCGGUACCACGAGCUGGUGGCUCUACAGGAGGAGAAGAAGGGUGUUCCAGGACCAGGGCAGUACUACAUAAAGAGUCAGUUUGAGAUGGCCAGUAACCCACACGCUCCUGUUUUGAGUCCACCCUUCCUGUCUCAAGCUCAGCGGUUCAGUCCGGUGAAGGAUGAGACGCCCCCUGUAGGUGCGUACAAUGAUCCACGCUGUGCUCUGGAGAUCCUGAAGAAAGGCAGAGGGGUGAAGAAGAAUCCUUUCGGCAUGACAGCUGUACGCUUCCUGCCAGAAAACAGAUCGAAAGCUACGCCAGGUCCCGGUGCUUAUAAUGUGUUUGAGUAUGGCCUGGCUUACGAGAGUUUAAAGAAAGCCUGUCUGGAGAGCACGAGGAAGGGUGCCUUCUGCUCUAUUGCACCACGCCGGCUUUUCCUCCCCAGCAAAGAGGAGAUGAGCCGCCCGGGGCCGACUCAGUACAAGGUGGAGAAAACAACCGAAGCAUUAUAUAAGAAAAAGAGUACAGCUGCUUUUAAAUCUGCCACAUACAGACUUGUGGGUUCACUGUACGCCAAAGAUACACCUCCGCCAGGCUCAUAUAACGUGAGCGAAUCGUUUGAGAGGAUACACGGCCUCCAUCACUACAGUGAGCCACAGAACGAGAAAGCACGCAAACGACAGAGCUGCUUCCUGUCUGCCGCCCCCAGAGACACUGGCUUCCUCCAAUACGACCCUGAAACCCCAGGUCCGGCUCAUUAUAAUCCAGAUGUUAAAUCAGGCUCAAAACUUGCACUGAUUAUCUCAAAAGAAGAUCGCUUUAAAAGCCCUAAAGACCAGACCCCUGGACCCGGAGCAUAUGAGUUGAGUCCGGUCAUCAUGGACACGGUUCUGAAAGGCACCUUCAACGUGACGCUUCAUGAUCCUUUGGUGUCCAGCACGAGAUCUUUACCUUCACGCAGGUCUUUGAGAAAACCCUCUGCUCACAACAGUGCCUAACUCAGGUCAUAGGUCACACACUUCCAAAAAGACCUCGGCUAAGCCUCUCCUAUUAAACACAUGCUUCCCAGGAGUUCCUGUCACACACACACACAAACCUCUUUAUGGGUGAUAUAUUUCCCCAGUGCUCACGGAGAAUAAAUCAGGAUUAUUUAAUGGGUUUGAUGUUUCAGGGUUUUUGUGCAUUAUAAAUUCUCAGCCCUGCCCACAAUAACACAGUGCUAAUGUAGAGAGAUCUCAACAUACACACACACAACAUCUUCAUAUCGUUAUACACACCCUUUUAAUCUAAUUAAGCAUUUACACACUCUCAUUAUUCAGCAGAUAGAGUGAGGUCGAGGGAAGAAGGGCGAGAGACGAACGAAUCAAAGAAAGAGAGGUUUUAGCUCUUUAUUGAACUGACUUGUUUUACAUUUGCAGGCUAAUUGAAUCAGAUAAAUCACUGUGGCGGCUCUCGCCCUGCGCGUGUUUGUCUCAUGGAGUAUACGGAUGUUAAAGUCAAUGUGAAAUCAUAAUUGAACCCAUUUGCUUUCUUAAUGCACAUCUUGUUGUGAACAAUUCAUCGGUGCAUGUUACUCCAAAUAACAACUUUUAGGUUAACAUCACCUAGGUCAUGUGGCUGGUGGAUAGUGUUAAUCAAUAUCGUUCAACAGUCGGGUUCUGGAUGCAAAAAAUCCCAUUCAUUUUCUCCAUAAGGGAAUGGAUUUUUAAUGAUAACUUAUAAACCAUUAAAGGCAGACCUGCUGUGAGCUACAAGGUUGUUAAUCGAUGGUAUAUGCUUUCAUUAAAGCCAUCAGUAUGCAUUAUUUCAACUUAGAAAUGUUUUUAAAUAAUUGAGGUCAGCAAUGGAAUUCUUGGUGAAAAACUACAUUACCCAUGAUUACAUGCCAAUCUUCAACAAUUGGUGAACAGAAACAAAAUCACGGAAAGAUAAAUCCAAUCCCACAAUGUGUACAUAUCCAAACAUAUCAAUUACUUAAGCAGUUAAAUACAAAGUCUUAAUUAUUAUUAUUUUUUUUUUUUUUACCCAAUCUUCUGAUCAAAAAUGGGUAAACUCAAAGGUAAAAUCUUGACUUCUAGUGAAAGAAUUACAUAAACGAAGAAGAAAGCAGAAAUAUUAAAUGCUAUGAAUGAAUAUUUACUGAUUAAUCCAAACAUUUUGUAGAAGGGAUUUUCAACUGAGAUUUUGGACCAAAUUACGGGAGGGAGAAAAUGAGUUUAAGAAAGAUGACAUUAAUAUUUUAUUUUUACACAGAGAUUGGUAUGUUAGUAAAAUCUCUUGACUUCAGCAAUCCUUGAUGCAUUCUAUGUCAAUGGUGACAGUUCAAAAAUGAGAAAAAGCACUUUUCGUGUUUUGCAAAGUUUGCAUGAUUGUAACUCAAGAAAUAUUGAAGAUCAUUUUAGACUCUGGUUCUUGACAAACGUUUCAUUUGGUAUCUCUAUUUUUAAAGCACUAUGGUUCAGUCCCAAUUUGGAUCUGUGUCCAAACAGUUUAAUUUUACCCAUUUUCAAUGGAGGAAAACCAAAUGUGGUACCUUUGCAUACAUCUAUCUAAUACUCACUGAGUUUAAAGAGGACCAAUUACAGAAUGAAUACUGUUGAAAUUAGAAAUAAACAGUUAUGUAUUAACAUAAAAC